AUGAAGUCUCUCAGCUACUAUGACGGUGCCAGUGAGCGUGUGGGAGAACAAUGGAAUGUCCUUUCGAAUGUCACCUUCCUCCAGCCGUUUCUGCCAGAUGAGACACCAUCAAUGCCGGGUCUAACACCAGUCGAAGUAGGGCUGAACGUGUCCUUGAACCUACCGGUGAAUGUAACCUGGUCGGGUGACUUCGCAGCCAACGAUACGGUAACGUACGAGAUCCGGGACGCGCUCUGGAUCGUCAUUCCGAUCAGUAUCAUCUACUCCACCAUCUUCGUGAUCGGUGUGCUCGGGAAUGUCAUCACCUGCAUCGUGAUCUCGCGCAACAAAUCCAUGCAUACCGCGACUAACUACUAUCUGUUCAGCCUGGCGAUCUCCGAUCUGCUGCUGCUGGUGACAGGUGUUCCGCUUGAUAUCUACCGCACAUGGUACCGGUAUCCUUAUCCUUUCGGAACUACUGUGUGCAAAAUCGCUGGUUUUGCCGCCGAAACGUCCGCCAACGCGACCGUACUCACAAUUACGGCCUUCACCGUCGAAAGGUACGUCGCCAUUUGCAAGCCCUUCCUGUCGCACACGAUGUCCAAGCUGUCGCGAGCUGUCCGUUUCGUGUUAGCCAUUUGGCUGAUAGCGGUCAGUCUGGCCGUCCCGCAGGCUCUCGCGAUGCAGAUAGACGAACAGUUCCUGACGUGCACGGUACGCCACGAACCUGCCAAGCAUCUCUUCUUUAUCUCCACUGUGCUGGUGUUUGUGUUCCCCAUGAACGUCAUCACGAUCCUGUACAUCUUGAUCUGGCUGCAACUCCGCCGCUCGAAGGUUGUUCGGUUCGGUACCCAACGAGGCUCGAGCGUCCUGUUGAAGCACAGCAUCUUCAAACGCAGCUCCCACCGAACGGUCGUCACGCUGCACAGCGAUCGCACCGACACACCCGACCUGCACUACAGCGAGAGCGCUCUGAUAAGUCCGUUGCAACAGCCACGUUCCACCGAUGCACUGCGAGCACCACCAACAUCACCUCUGCUGCAGCACACCAACAGCUGUCCAGCAACUCCCGAGCGGCAGGAUCGAGCGAACAGCGAUGAGCAACCGACGGCACGACAACACCGAGCCCUCCACCAGCAGGUUCGGCAGCAGCAUCACCGCAGGUCGCAGAGCCUGGCGCAGUAUCGGUACGGGGCUACGGGAAGUCCUGUGAAGGGAAGUGCCAGUGCUGGUGGUAGCCAUCAGCAGCUCGAGCAAGCUCUUUCGGGUGGGUCAGAGGAUGGUCGAAUAAAUUACUCCAACCGCACGCAGUAUAACAGCACGCGCCAUGUGGUGAAAAUGUUGGUUGCCGUUGUGAUCGCGUUCUUCCUCUGUUGGGCCCCGUUCCACGCCCAACGGUUGAUGGCGGUUUACGCGAACGAAUACAACGCAAACGACGCCAUCCGCAUGGCGUUCGACAUCCUGACGCACGUGUCCGGGAUUCUUUACUACAUCUCGACCUGCAUCAACCCGGUGCUGUAUAACAUCAUGAGCCUGAAGUUCCGCGAGGCGUUCAAGGAGACGUUGUCCAAUUAUUUUUACCCCCGCUCAAGCCAGCCACUAAGCGAGGAACUGUUUUUUAGGAAUGCAUCGUGGCGUUCAAAUUCAAAUAACUCCCACUCGCUGAACACGUGCUCGUCCGGAGGCAUGUCCCACGCAACGGAGAGUCCGCGUGGACCAGGGGCCGAGCGGCGGGUGCGGGGUAGGCCACCAGCCAUCACCACCACCACCACCACCACCAGCAGCAGCAUCAUCAACCCAUGCAGCUCGGCCGUCCCAUUGCGCUGCCCACGUCGGCCGCUUGUCGUGUCGUUUCGCACCCGGAAACGGCCGCUGGCGAGAUCGAACGCACCGGAAGUGAUUCCAACCGCGGCCAGCCGUUCGGAUGGUUCGGGUCGACCGCAACGCAACGAUCCGAUGGUGUCACACCGGCCCAUCCGGCCAACCGGUGAUAACGAGCCGGGCCGGCGCCGGAAAGCGGACGGUUUGUGCUUGACCGGGCGGAACGGUGUGUUGGCGGGUGCCGUGAAGGGGAGGUUGGCCGAAGAGCGGUGUCCUGCCGAGAGUGAUCGGACCGGAGUCGAAAGACACCAGGCUACCGAGACACAGAGAAAGACCGUUUGUGGCUAUGACCGGUCGACCGUGCAGUGUCAGUACGAUCUAUUUCCCGAGUUGCGUUGGAUUUAUUCGGAAACGACUGCGAUGAAGGAUGUGCGUUGUCUUGCGGAAGAGGUCCCACGGGAUGGCUCCAGGAGCAGCCGUCCGGAUGCAGUCCAAAGCUCACCGGUACAACCGGAUGACCGGAAGCUCGCGAUGGUAAAAAAGGCGCGUUGA